UGCUAUUUUGCCGCCAUCAAUUUACCGGGUUUAUUCAGCAAUAUGCCAUAAUUUUCAGCCCAUAUCUUAAGACUUGUUUGAUGGACGAAGAACAUUUACAACAAAGCUUGGAACAGUAUAAAGAACAAGUGAGUUUUCACCGUCUAAAAGAAGCAGCUUAUUUACAGGGAUAGCCGCACGACCCCUAAACAAACAUCUGUAGUUCAGACUAAUGUGCAAGUCUCUGUCGAUCUUAGGGCUGGUUUUACUUAAGCUUAUAUUUCUUGCUCUUUUCUUGUUUAUAUGAGUUAAACUUAUAUUAUCCAUUACGGAAUGGGUUUUAUAAAUUGACAUAUAUUUGUGUGAUCAGUUUCUCCAGAUCCAGAAUGUUUUGCAGAAUGUAGGGGAAGAAGGUCAAGAUGAACUUGUCAAGCUGAGGGACGAUCUUGUAGAACUUAUUCAAGUAUCAGAAGGUCGGACAUAUUGCCUCCCUCUUUUUGGUAGACAAAUUAUAAAUCAGUAUUUUUUUACUUGAAUUGUGUCUAAGAAUUGUCUUCAAGACCUUCUUUAUUUAGAUUCAGACAAUUUCAUUGAAGGCUAGCAUUUACAAAAAGUAAGAUAUUAGGUGUCAUUAACAAAGGUGUGGCCAGGAUUUUUCAAAGGGGUGGUUAUGCUGUAUCAAAUGGAAAGUACUUACUAGAUUGUUAUGCUGACCUCCACACCAUGUUUUACAUAAUGUGACAGAAAAAAGCUUACAAAGUGGGAGUCACAGGCACCCCAGGGGAAACCCCCCCCCCCCCAUAGCUACACCCUUGGCUAAGAGUCAGACAUCAAGCUUCUUGUUGUUUUGACAACUUUUAUUUUAUUUAGCAUAAUAAUCAGAUUAAUCUUAGAGUUAUGAAUGAAGUUACUGUAUCACAGCACAGAUCCAUCAAAACUAUGUUAGGAGAGUGCUAUUUUCAUACAUUCCUGUAAUUGUCUGCAAUACUUGUUUUUGGUUUUGUUUUGUUUUGUUUUUUUCAUAGAGAGUCUUUUAUCUCUCAAGAAAAGCAGAUUACUUCAGUUGCUUGACAGUAAGGAAAGUGAACUCAGAGCAGAUCCUCCUGAAACUUUUGAUGAUAGGCCUGGUUUAAAUGAUUCCGAAAAUGAUACUGUAAGUAAUGAGAAGUGCUGAUGCAUUUCCUAGUUAGGAGUGAAUGUUGCCUUAGCACAACACAGCAAAUGAGACAGCCCUUAACAUUAAGUAUUUAAAGACUUUGAAGGCUUUCAAAUGACUUAUCAGUUAAAACUAGGGUCUGUUUACUGUUCAUUAUUUCUCACAUAAAUCUUAAUGAGGAUUCAAGUUCAUUGUGCUAUUUUAAAAGAGUGAUGCCAGCAAAAACUAGAAGCUAAGAAGGGAAGUUAGGCAAAGUGAUAGAAACCAGGUUGACAUUUGAAUAUUUUUAAUUUCAUGAGCAUUAUAAAGUCUCUUACUAAAGAAAGAUUUAUUCAAUAGGUCUUUCACAUUAUCAGGCUUUCCUUCUCAACAAUGUCUUGGGUUAAAGUGAAAUUGCGUAGUUAUCAAAAGUAUAAUUUUGAUGUUUUUUAGAUGACUAUUACUAAAUUCUUUCACAGGAAGUUUUGUAUGCUUUUGUUUAUGCAGUUUCAAAGUACACAAUUAGAAUAUAUUGGUUUUGCUAAUACUUAUCUGGUUUAUAUGAAUAUGUUAAAAUGAUGAUGGUGGAAAGGAACUUGGAAAAAAUGAAGACUCAGUUGAGAUUGAAGAUGACAUCACUGGAAUGAAAUGUCGCAUAUCAUACUCACAGGUUUGACUUCUUUUCAAAAAAAGUAAAGGUAAAAUCUGUAUUUGGGCCAAGUUGUCCAUCCAGCUAGAGCUUAUCGCAGUUCCUUAACAUGAAGCAGCUUGGAGUAUCAAUACCCACCCCUGGAUGAGAUGCUAGUCCAUCGCAAGGUCCCCCCCCCCCAGCAUUUCAUCAGGCUUCUCUUACAGUUGGCCUGAACCCAUUUAUUCUCUUGGGUGGUGGAGAGGCACUGUUUUAGUGAAGCAACACAUUGACUUGAUCAGGUCUCAAACCUGAACCUUUCAACCUGGCCCCAGUCAUUCAAAAGUCAGAUAACACUAUCUGGUGGAUAAAUCUCUAUCUGGUUGAUAAUACCAUACAUUUUGCUAUCACUUAUCCACUGGAUAGUGAUAUCCACCCUUUAUACAACUGGGCCCCGGAGUUCAGCACGCAAAACAUUACAAGGCAGCAUACGUCUCCCACAUCUCAUAAAUUGCUUUUUUGAUGUGUGAGUCCAACGUCUCUUUUUGCAAACCUGGAAAUUUUUGACUGGUAGAAUUAGAAUAUAUAGAUAAUUUUUUUUUAUUGAGGGAAACACAUUUUUGGAAAGCACUUCUUGAACAGAUUCCAAUUUUUUAAGGACUGGGGAGUAAUGGAGCAACACAAUGCUAUGGUUUUUGAUGCAGAUACAUUUACAUUACCUGAUGGUAGAGAAGAAACUAAGGUAUGCACUCAUUACAAAUUCUCAACUUUUGUUCACCCCUCACCUGAAAAUACACACAGAUCAGGUAUUUUCUUGCUCUUGUGACUAGACACAGGUACUGGAAUCUGUCAUGUAUCUCAUGACAUCCUUUCAAUUAAUGUCUAUUAAUUUUGACAUUAUAAUGGUUAAAUCGUAAAAAGGAUCUUAAGAAGUACACAGUUGUUGCUUAUAAAAUAAACAGUGUAAAUUGGGUGGCAGGUUUUAGAGUUUACCUGCAUCAUUGUUGUCUUCUUUCACACCUUAAGUUAUUGACUGAUAUACCAUGUAUAUAACUGGCAAAAGCCUAUGAAAGUAAUAGGUGAAGUUCACCAGCUGUUGGCUCUUACAUUCCUUAUAAUCUUUACAGGUGAGAGUGUUAUUUAUGAACCCCACCCAUAAAUCCAUGGUACCCUGCCCUUAUUUCCUGGACAGCAAAUGCAAAUUUGAUGAUGACACUUGCAGGUUAGUUUUUCUUUCUUUCAAAUAAUAAGGUGUAUUUUGAAUACAGCUAAUCUUUUUUCCAAUAUUGAACCAUAAAUAUGUUAUAUUUGUUUUGAUUUAAACAAAGUACUAUUUGAUAAAUGAAUAAAGGGGGCAGGUUUCAAAAGAAACUGUGGUGCUGUGUGGGUGGGAGAGUAUCGCAGGCUAAUUUAGUAUUAUCAACUGAGUUGAUAACAUAAAUUGGCCAUCAUCAUUCGCUCUGAUGAAGGGCUAAUGCUUGAAACAUCAGCUUUGAAACUCUUUAUGGUGGCUAAUUUACAUUAUCAAUAAAUAUGAUUUUAAUACUGGUAUUGAAUUUCCAUUUACCUUUAACUUUGUUUCUUUGAUUUAUUUCAUUUUAGAUAUUCCCAUGGUUAUGUGGUCUCUAUUGAUGAUUUGAUGUCAUUCAAAGAGCCAGACUUCAGGUAGCUAUUCUGUAUCAGAUUAUUUAUUUCUAUCAAUAGUUUAUAUCUGGUUGAAUUAGACAUUGUGAAACCACUCAAAACCUGUGCAGACAUAUGACCAUAUGCAGACACCCUUACAUUUACAGCUGUAGCUUGAAACUAGUAUUUGCUAAAGGGGGCUCUUUUAGUCAGGUGAGAGCUUUUCAAAAACAUGAGACAAAAGCAAGGAAGGAAAAUUAUCUUCACACUCCCUACUUGUCACUUCUUCUGCUCACUGUUUUUUCUCUUGUUAUAUUUCAUGUGCAUUGUCAUAGCCAAGUACAGUGUGGUCAGUGUUGUUUGGCUAGAUACAAUGAUGGAGUUUGGUACAAGGCCACCAUUCAGUAAGUUCUAAUCAUAAAAAUAACCUUAAUAACAAUGAUAAGAAUGAUUCUGAAUAAUUAUGCUUCUUAAAAUGUUUACAAUUAAUGAUUUUUGGAAAAUAAUAGUACUUAAUGAAUUCCAUAGUCUUUUCCUAUUUCAAUAAUAUUUAAAACCAUUAAUGCACAAAUUAAAAAUGGAGUUCGUUUUUGCACUCAAUCUGAUUGAGUAGAACUGCUCUACAUAUCACUGAUUCAGGCCAAAUUUGACUGCACUAAAACCAACUACAGUGAGGAACAUGAGGAUAAUGAUAAUAAUAAUAAUAAUAAUAAUAAUAAUAAUAAAUGAUGAUGAUUAUGUCAUUUGUGUCAUUAACUGGAAAGAAAAUAAUAACUAUUAAUUGAUACCCACUCGUGCUCUCUGAUGACCAUGACUGCUAAAUAAACUUCUCUAAGUGUUAUGUUGUUGUUAUUAUUGUUAUUAUUAUUAUUGUUACAAUUUUUCAGGUCAAUAGAUUAUGAGGCUCAUACAUUUGUUGUUCACUAUGAUACAUACAACUCAGAUGCUACACUAGGCAUAACUGAGAUUCUUCCUUUAGGUGAGUGAAAGACAACCAUAUCAAAGGAAAAACUGCUGACAAAAUAAAUUGGAAAACCCAGAAGGAAUUAUACUUUGAAGUAUACUUUAACUAUUAGCUAUUUCCUUUGUACCAAUGAGAUGCCAGGAUAUUUACAUGCUAAUACAAUUCUCUCUCAUCCUAUGAUAUGAUAUUUAAAUAUUCUUGGAAUAUCGUGAAAAUUUCAAAUAGCACAGUCUAUUCAACAUGAAGUACUCUCUGAAUAUUAAUAAUUAAUAUUUAAUUAUUAAUUAUUUCAUUGCAUUUUUAGUAAUGUGUGGUUUUCUUUACAUGUUACAAAAUUAUCACCAUACCUUGCAUUCUUCAGAGACUUAACACCAGCAUAUUCCAAAAGGCAUUUUGAGUUUUCUAACUAGCAAUCUUUUUAAUAAAGGGUGUUGCAGAAUUUCUAUGUUAUGUCUAUGUUGUGUUUAAUUUGUGGAACUUUGUGUCUGGUGUUGUAUGUCUUAUACCUAAUAAUUAAGUAUAUAAUUUGUACAUCACAGACCAAAGAGAUUCUGAGAAUGUGUCAGACAGCGAUCUUUCAAGUUUGUCUAGUGACAAUGAGGAGGUUGAUGAAGAUCAGGUUGCUGUAGUGCAGCUGGCAUGCAAACCAUCAGGGGGUCCUGUUUGUCUCGGAGAGUGGGAACAACACACAAAAGUAAGCCUGGUUUUCCUGUACUAUUUCUGACUUAUAGUAGAAGACCUCAGCCCAAGGUUCCAAAAUACUAAAAUAGAUAUGAAUUCCUAGCUUACUGGAAUGAGAAGAGCCUUGAAGAGAAGUCAUUUGUUUUAGAGUGAAAUGUGGCAAGCCUUAUUUCAUACUAUAACAUCAUAACCAACAUGUAGCUGAUGACCUCAGAAACGAUGAAAGAUAAUGGAAUUUAUAAUCCUAACAUUAACAAAACUAGCCAGAAGAGACUAUAAUUUUUCCUUUGGAAAACUCCAAGUGUUGCUUUUUUAAUCCAGGAUAUAAAAGAUUACUGAAAAGUUUUUGUUUGUUUUCAGGGCAUUGGUUCAAAGCUUAUGACCCAAAUGGGUUAUGUGUUUGGGUAUGUUGAUGUUGUGGCACAAUUAAAUCAUUGUUUGAAAUGAUACUUUCUUUUGUCUCAAACCUGUAUCAGGUUCAAGGGAUAGACUUUCUUGGGUUUACUGGCCUAAUAACCCACUCAGGGUGUUGAUAGAACAAUGAAGUAGUUGGUAAAUUACUUACCUUUGGCUUGUGACUCACCAACCCUACUAAUGUUCUCCCAAUACCCCAAGUCAAAGUUUAUGCCAGUAAACUGAUAGAAAGUGCAGUUAAUAUCUAAAAUUAAAAAGCAUUUUACCCCCCAGUAGGUCUUACGCUACUUUGACCAAAACACUACAAUCUGAAACAUAGUAGAAAAAUUUUAGAAGGACUUUGCACAUUUUUCUUUUGUUUGUUUAUGGCAGCAAAGGACUUGGAAAGGAUGGAAGUGGCAUUGUAGAGCCAGUUGAAGCAGUUGUAUUACCUCAAGGUAAGACAGCAUAAUUCAAGACCUCUGUUUUGAUUGAUAUACAGGUAUAUCUGAGGUAUAAAUGAGUAAUUUAAGAUGUUAACAAUGAUUACAAUCAUUACAAUUUCCUCAAAUGUCACUAGGGCUGAAUGGCUUUUUCCAGACCACUUCAAGUCCAUGCAUCCAGCCCUACACACCUCAGCUUUCACUAUGAUUUUCUCUGGAAUUGGGUGUGCUGGGCUCAACAGUUCAUUUGAUAAUGAUCAAUAUGAUUAUUAUUAUAAUUAUCUUUAAUAAUUAUUAUUAUUAAUAGUAGUAGUAGUAACUUUAUUUAUUAAUGAAUUUAACCUUCUUUUUCUUUGGGAAUGUACAAGACUUAAAGAUAGGAUUUCCCAUCUAAAGCCAAUAAAUUAACCAUUAUUACCAUUCAUUAUCGAAAUCAUGCAUCAUUUAAUGUCAUCAUGAUCAUCAUCACUACUGACUGAGAAAUAUUGUUAACCUUGCUUGAUAAAGUUCCAAAGGAAAGUGAGGAAAAUGAUUCACAAGUCAACAUAAAUAUAACCAAUAAUGUUACCAAAUGCUUAAUGAUAAACAAGCAAAAAGCAACAACAUUUGUGGGUCUUUCAGGAAAGUCACUUGAUCAGAUAGCAGAACUCAGAGAAAAAAACAAACUGCCAAAAGUAGGAGGGAAGAAGAGGCAAAAACCAUCUAAAGUAAAAAGUGUUAAGUUACCAGAAAGAGUGAGUACCAGUAUUUAUAACAUAUUUAUUUUGUUGAAUUCAAAGUGAAUGUUUUCUUGGCAACUUAAUGGUAAUUUUUAUAACAGUGCCAACUAAUGGAUACUGUGUAGGUAUUGUUAACCAUGACAAUUACCAACUCCCCAACCAUACCUGAAAAUACAUCAGUCCAUUAUAUACCAAUUGUGGUGAAUUGGCCCAAGACAAAUAUGAAGCCCCUUAAAAUAUUUUAAGAACACCAUGGCACACCCAUAAUACAGCCAUCUUCAUUGAGCAAGCUUAGUCAUUAUUACAAGGAUUAACUAUUUGGCAAAAAAUGUUGCUGUGAAGCCUAUUGCUUUAUUUGAAAUAUAAAUUCACUAUGCUGGUCUCAGCUUUCAUUUUAUUGACUGUCUGAAAGAUGCAUGUUACUCUAUUUUACAAUUCUUUCUCUCCUGUAAUCUGGGAGAUGCAUGUUGCUUUAUUUUACAAUUUUUUCUAAAUCAAAAAGGGUCCAAUUAACAAUAAUAGUUAUUUAUUUCAUGGUUAGGUUGAUGUUAUUUUGCAAUUGUUGAAAAUUAUUUCACUUGACAAAAUUAGUACCUCAUUAUUAUUACAUCUCAUUGUAAAAUUAAAACAUCUUUCAACACUUUUUGAUGCAUAAUUUCAGGCAUCUGGUAGUGACAUAUUUGACUUUAUCAACAUAAAACUUGGUGGCAAGAAAGGUGAUGUAUAAUUUCUCAGUUUUUGUUUCAAGAAAAUGUUUGGUAGUAAUUUUUAAAGGAUUACAAAAAAAAAGAAUCACAGAUUAGGCAAGAAGUCCUGGCUUUUAAGCUGUAGAUAUCCCUAUACUUGUAUCAAAAUUUAGUUCUUAAAAUUGGAAAUUUUCUGAGAAAAUCUUAUGAAUGCCAAUUAAAUGUAAAUUUACAUAUGCAAGAUAGCUAACUAUGUUGGGAUUUUCAAGGUUGCCCUAAUGUUUGAGAUCAGUGUCAACCAUGGCAAUCUUAUUAUCCUUAUCAAUUCAAUAUGAUGAUAAGAUUUAUUAUAUGCAGUGGGUAAUGGGUCACUUCCUCCUUCAGGAAAUAUUCAUGACAUAAGAGUUCCUGUUCCUGGGACAAGUGCAAGUGAAUUUGAGGUUAAAGACACAGGAAAGAAAAAGAAGGGAGAGGAUAAAAAUAUAAAUUGGAAUUUACAGGUGUGGUUUACAGUUGUACAAAUCAAGAGACAGAAAAUAUUACCACAGCUUAUCGAUAGAGUUGGAGGACAUAAUAUCUUCAUCUGAAGAGUCUUAGAUAUAUUUAGUGAACCAUAUUAUUUGUUAGUUGUAGACUACAUGUACAGAUUGUUAAAGAACUCUAAAUAUAUAUUGGAUAUUAUGAACUCUAAACAUCCUCUUGGAUGUUAUUUGAGGGGGGGGGACAGUACGGAAAGUCAUUUCUCUUCAUCAACAGAUCUCAGUUGGCCUUGCAGCUAAAAUACUCUCCUGUCUCCCAGUGUUAUUACCAUUUGUAAUAAUGAUAUAAUUUGUUUGUACUUAACCCUUUAACUCCCAGAUCAAAUUUGUAAUUCUCCUUACUAUCAACCACACAAUUCUUAAAAUGUUAGUUCAGAGAAUUUAGUAUUGGAUCAACUAAUUAUCCUCAAAAGGAUAUUUUUCUUUAUUCUCAUCACUUGUCUGGUUGAUAUUGUAUGGAUAUUGUAAGGAGAAAUUCUGUCUUGGUCACUCAUGUGAGUUAAAGGGUUAAGUGUUGCUAUUGUUACUUUAAUAAAUGCCUUCACAAAUGACAGAAUACAUGGUACUGUACAGUACAUAUGGAAGCAAUAACGAGAUAAUCACAAUACUAAAAGUAAUAUAUAAUUACAAUAAUAAAUAGUGUCAAACACUUAAUCUGAAAAGAAAAAACUUCAAGAUCAAGGGCUAGAAUAACAAAAUAUUGUGCGUUCAAGAAACAAUAUUAAAAGAAAAAAAACUGCUUGUAAAUGCAAUUUAAGUUUUUCCCAUUGUUGUUGUUUAGUUGUCUUAUUUUGUUUUGCUGCUAUUUGCCACUCUGUAUCUUAAGAAUAUGUUUAAAGAUGGAUUCUUAUCAAUCAAUUCGCAUUAUAACAUAGUGCAUAAAUUUGUCUAAUCAAAUUCAAUUGUGUGAGCAUGCUUCAUAUUCCUAUUGUGCACACUCAUGACGUCAGCAAAGAAAUCCCUUGAGAAAAAAAUUUUUACAACAUUUAAACCAUCGGGUUGAAAAUGUUAUAAAACAAUUGGUUCAUACAUCAGCUGUGCGUUCAUCGAGAUAUGAAGCACUUGUGAAGUUUGGAGAGCAUUCAAGAAGCUAGAGUUGCUCUCAGCUAUGCCUCGAGCAACUCUUAUGCAUCUUUCAUGCUCUCCAAACUUCCCGCAUGCUUCAUAUCUCGAUGAGCGCACGCUGACAAAUGAACCAAUUGUUAAUUUUAUAAAGAAAGAAUUUUUCCACAAGUAUAAAGUGAUUGAAGAUAACAUUGUCUUCACCUUUGCUAAACUCCCCAAAUUAGAUGGUGGUUUCCACCAUAUGUAAUUCUUUGGGAUGAUUUAAUAAUUUUGAGCUCUUUAAUAGUUCCAUUCAUUGUUGUCUCACCUAAUGAAAACAGUAUAUUAAAAUCAUAUUCUUGUUACCCAGUUAUUUAAGAUACAUGAGGAUAUAUCAGCUGUCAAGAAGCAGUUGAAGAAAGAAGAAAUGGCUCUGAGUAGACAUCAUGAAAAGUAAGUCUCCUUUCAGUUUAAAAAGUACAUGGGAAGAUGUUCUGUGCCAAAGAAUGAGAGAUGGGUGGUAAAAGAAAAACUUUUGCUUGUCUAGUAACAGAGGAAGGGGAUGACUUGCCAAGCUGCCACUGUAACAAGUUACACAUUACAUUGGCAACUAAAAGAGAAAGAUACCCACCACUUCUUAUGAUGUUCACAGAUGUGAUUACUUGUAACUGAAAACUUUUGGACAAAAUUUCAUCAAUGGUUUGUUUGUUAUAAUUUUUUAGGGAUAACAAAACAGCCUCGCACUUUAGAGGGAAAGUUGAAGGCAUCAAGGCACAUCUAUCUCGACUACAUGACAGAGAGAAACAUAUACAGCAGAAACUACAUCAUAGCAAGAACCAUAAAAAACUCACUGUGUUCUAAUGAUCUACACAUUCUGUAAACAAAAAUUGUAUACCUCUAAAAUAAUCACUAUAUGCCACAUGUCAACAAGUCUUAUUUUAUUGCAAUAGAUAGUUCUAAGAUUGAACCUUGGGGAUGCAGACACAUGGACAGUUCUUUUUCUAUACCAGGCAACAUUUAUGAGUAGAAGGCAAGAUCUUCAGAGUGCCAAUCAUAUGUAAAAGUCUACAUAAGUGUCACAAGACAUAGAGAAAAUUCCUGUAGAUGUUCCAAAAAAUUUUGAAGGUGCCUUGGAGAGUUGAUCCCAACAGGUCCUAGAGAACUCUGGGUGAAGAAAUGUUGUAAUUAUUUUAAUGUUAAGGAAACAUACCCUGUCCAUCUAUAACAUUGAUUUAAGGUUCAAACUAUGUCAGAGGCUGUGAUAGCUUUAAUUUCUUUUAAAUGAAUGAAUAACUUUAUUCAUAGAGGGAGACACAAUAACCUUUUACAGUUUUCUAACUUAUGGCCCUCUCUUGCCAGGUGUAAGCUUGCCCAAGCUCAUACAUCUUAAUCUACUGGUGGAAGAGUUCUGUAGGAAGAUAGAAGAUUCUGAGCUUGUUUUACCAAAAUUAGACUUCACUAAUGUAUUAAAUUUACACGUCUUGCUUAUUUGUUGCAUUGGUUGUAGUGUUGAAAUGAGUAUUAUUGAAAUAGGCCAGGUUUAUGACCAUGGAGCAAUGUCAUGUAGGAUGUCAGAAACAUUCAAUUCCAAACUAACAUGAGCUUUUCAAUAUCUUACACUAACUAAAGAUAGCUGGAAUGAAUUCAAUCUACUUCCUCAGCAUGUGUAGACUUGGAUAUUUUCUUCAAUAUUUCACACAAAAUCGUUACAGAAUACCAGUCUUCCUUGUAACAAUCAAGUUCACAGCUAUAGCUUGGGUACAGUAGACAUUUCCUAUUUCCAUUUUAUAACUCAGAAAGAUAUCUCUAUGUUUGAAGACACUGGAUGUCAUCUAAGAAUAGACCAGUGAAAUGAUACAUAUGGAAAGUCAAUUCAAAUUUUUUACCUCAAAUUCCAAAUAAAAAUUGACAAAAAGAAGAAAUCUCCUCUUUAAGUAUCUGGUCUGCUGACCACCUUAUGAGAAUAAAAAAAAAAAUAGAAUAAUGAAAUCUCAAGUCAGUGUUUUCAAGGUGUAUGUUUGUAUUUUUGUUGCUCAGAAAGGUCAGUCAACAAUUCCUGGUAUGGCCUCAGAAAAAGCUCUGUAUGUUAUAUUAUCUCCACAAGAGAAAUAAAUCACACUGCAGUGGUACUCAAAUAAUUAAAAAUUAAGUCUCUCCACAUAAACAACGU